UUCCCUGACAUUCUUUGUUGUUAUCUUUUCCCCUACAUAUAGCUAGCUCUUUAUGCAUUCAUCAUGUCUACAGCUCCAUGCUGACAGCCCUGUGUGGGAACGGAAGCCUGCCAUUUUGUCCAUUUGAGCUGGCAAAAUAUUGCUCUCCUUGUUCUGGUAACUUCCAGGCUUGGCUUUCUUUCCCAGGUCCAGAGCAUCCAAUUCAUGGAGUUCUCAGAAGUGGAGAACCAGGAUGAGUACUACAGUAUGGGUGCUGGUUACAUCCACACCCAGGACCAGCAAGGAGUGUAUGUCAUGUAUGAUGAAGCCUUGAGUGGUCUGAAGGACCUAGAGACAGAACUGCUGCUUGUGGCCAGCCAUUACAUUGAGAGAGAAAAAGGUCACAAAGAGGGCAGCAAGUCACAUAUUGACCAGGACUGGGGAUGGACCCAUGCAGGUGCGGACAGAUUUGCUGUGCUGUAUGACAUGUGGACUUGGGAAGCAACUUUUCUAGAAAGCAAGCGCCAGCUUCUUGACAGUUACUUUGAAGCCUACCAGCAUGCAUUGGACCCAGAGGAGAGAUUUGCCUUAGCACAAGUGAUCACAGACAUCAUGCACAGGUGCCCAAGGUUUGACUUCAGUCAUCCUUACUUCAUUAAGGCCUACCGAGAGGAAUGCACCUGCCUGAGGCUUCACCUGCAGCUGGUGAGGGGCAUCCUCAACCAGCACAUAGAGUGUCAGCGUGAGUAUGUUCAGAGGCUUUGGCAAAAAGGCCGUCCAGAUGCUAGCAAUACAUUUGGACUUCCCCUUAACAUAAUUUGCAAACAACUCAUUUCCAUCAACAAUAGCUGCUCGGCUUUGAAAAACAUUUAUCUGCUGGAGUUCCACCCUUCCCUGGGCCUGGCUUCCUGUAUCCCCAGCGCCCUCGAGCACCUCCUCAGGGAGGCCCGCCACACUUGCAGGCCCACAUCAGCCAGUGCCCUCACCUUGCUGGAGAGACGCGUGCUACGGCUGGCCCUGGAUGUGUGGCUCACCCCAGCCAAGCCCCAGUCCUGGUACAGUGCACAGCUCCAGAAAGAUCUAUUUUCAGCUAAAGUGAUGGGUGAUCUCUUUCUUGUGGGGGAGACAGGCCUGCUUGCGCUCAAAUCUGCAGCAGACCAAGGACAGAACCAAGGCCAAGAUUCCCAAAUGCUGCUCCUGGAAAUGUUUUCCAAACUUUUGGAACUCUUGACCCUCCGGCAUAGGCUGAUAGAGAUGAGUCUGGAGACUGUACACUUGGCACGUCUCUAUAAGGAUUUGGCGUGUGAGAUGGGUUUUGAAGAGUUCCAUUUGUAUCUGAGGCCUGUUCACUUUGAAUCUGCAUCACACAAGGACAAGGUGGUCCAUCCACCUCCUGUCUUUAUAACCUCUCUGCUGGAGGACAGUGACUGCGUAGACAGAUAUUCUCCUGCUACUCUUGUCUUAGCUAUCUCCGAAGUGGAUGAUAACCAAAUUGGCAAAUUUAGUUUUUAUACAAAGGAAGCCAUUCUUAAGCUCUUGUGCCAUUCAGGAGUGGAAAAUAUGCAAGUGACCCUAGCAUGCCAGGCUACUCAGAAGAAUGCUUUAAUGGUGGCUGUCCAGCAGGCAUCCUUCUAUCACACACCCCGUGGGAGCUGUCCUGCUAUCAAGGAAAUAAGUUCUGGUCUGAGAAAUCAUAGUGGCGUGGGUCCAACCAGAAGAAGAAAUUCCAGAAUUGUGAAUGGUAUAGAAGGCAUGCUGUUAGCCCCAAUUCCAAAAGUCUCAGAUGCCCUAACUCAUCCUUCAAAAAGAUUCCAGGCUACCAAAAGGGCUCCGGAAGCUUUCGUGUCUAUUCAACUAGAAAAGGUGGGGCUGCGGGACAUGAUGCUGAACGCCUUCCUCCUCAGGAAACAAGCCAUGGCUGACAGAAUGAAAAACCUUGAUGAAAUUGGGAAAGUCAAGAGAGAUGUUAUAGUUGAAUAUUGCCAGAAGUUCAACUGCCAUAUGUCUCACUAUGCUCUUCAGGGGCAGAUCAUAGCAUACUGCAACAGCCUGAGAGCCCUACUGGACGAUUUCCCUACUAUCAGAGAUAGUUUUUUCAUGGUGGGACAACGACAAGAAAAGGAGGAGUUGAGGGACUCCAAUGAUGGCCUCAAGAAUGACCCCAGGAGUUUUCAGCCCCGGCCACGGCGUUUGCUGUCUGCUGAUGGGAAAGUCUUCCUCGACUUAUGGUUCAUACCCCAUCCUUCUGAAGUGCUGGUUAUGUUCAAAACUCUGCCUGAAAAGGAUCUGGACUUCAAGAGCUGCAGAAAAUGAUUGACAGCCUCCAGAGCCCCCAAGACCCCACUCUGGUGUCCCAGGUCCUUCUCCUCCAAAGGGAAGUUAUGUUUCUGCAGUUUGACGCUGCAGUGAGGUACCUCAUCCGACGAACAUUUUUGGCAGCUAGAAAUGCUUCUGCCUACCAGUCUGUCACAGACGGCAUGUACCAUGGGUUGCCAUCACUGAGCAACUCUCCAGUGAAGAGCAUUUUUUACUUCCCAGCUCAGCCUACCACAACC